CCUCUCUUUUUUUGCUCAUUCUUCACAUGCCUACAAAAUUGGAUUCCCACUGUACAAUCUCAUCCACAUCCUCAUAGACACAUACACAUCGUUGUUUGUUGUUUCCAGAGAGAGUAAUUUUUUCGGACGAAGAUCAAGGUUAGAGAAAUAUCUUUCUUUGAUGGGCAUUAAGCUUCAUCCAUGGCUGAUUCUCUCAGGCCCUUCACUUUCUUGACACUUUACAGACUACCCAUCACCGGACUUCACCUCCUCCUCAUCUUCCUUCACACCCUUUUAUAGCUUAUAGCUUUCGCUCCUUCUCCUCCUUUCGUCUCUGUUUGGUUCCUGAGAAAAUCUCUGUAUUCUCUCCCGAUUCAUUAAAAUUUUUUAUUGUUUUUAAUAUUUUGUAUUCUUUUCAUUCGUAAAAACCAUACUUUUUGCGUUUUUUUUUUUUUUUUCCUUUGGCUCUGUUUUGUUGGGUUUGAAAAGGUGGAAAAGAGAGAAAAAAGGGACAAAGUUUCAACGGAAAAUUGAAUUUCUUUUGAAUCGGGAAUUGCCGGGAAAACGUAGUCAGCUGAGUCAAUCGAGCUAUGGCAUCGGUGUUUCUUUACCAUGUGGUGGGCGAUCUAACGGUGGGGAAGCCGGAGAUGGUGGAGUUCUGCGAGACCGAGACCGUCGAAUCGGCGAUACGAGCGAUCGGAGAGUCGACGGAGGGCGGGAUAGCCGUGUGGAAGAAGAGAUCGGUGGUGGGUGUGAUUGAGAAAGCAGAAAUGAGGCAACAGAGGUUUGUGGGAAUUCUCAAUUCACUCGACAUUGUCGCAUUCUUGGCUAGAGCCGAGUGUUUGGAGAAUCAAGACAAGGCCUUGAAGACCCCAAUCUCGGAUGUUGUCGUUCCUAAUAAUUCUCUGCUCAGGCAGGUUGAUCCCGCUACAAGAUUGAUUGAUGCGCUGGAGAUGAUGAGGCAAGGAGUUAAGCGUCUUCUGGUUCGAAAGAGUGUGGUCUGGAAAGGCAUGAGCAAACGAUUCUCAAUUCUCUACAAUGGUAAGUGGCUCAAGAACAUCGAUGCGUCAGGUAGCAGCAGCAAUAACCUUCUUCCCAAUCCUAAUUGGCUUUCCUCAUCCACAACUACAAGUUCUCGUGACAAGUUUUGUUGUCUUUCAAGAGAAGAUGUUCUCCGUUUCAUUAUCGGUUGCCUUGGCGCCCUAGCACCACUACCUCUCUCAUCCAUCUCCACCCUUGGAGCCAUUAACCCAAACUACUACUCCAUUGAAGCUUCCUCCCCAGCUAUAGAAGUCGCUCUCAAGCUUCCCGAAGACCCCAGUGCAAUAGCAGUUGUGGAACGUACAGUCAGGGAUCGUUGUAAGAUUAUUGGUGAGAUCUCUGCCUCUAAACUAUGGAAAUGUGACCAUUUAGCUGCAGCUUGGGCUUUGGCAAAUCUUUCAGCUGGCCAGUUUGUGAUGGGAGUUGAGGACAAUGUGUCCUCAAGGUCACUUCCUGAUUUCUGCCUAAAUCCAGCUGCCGGCAACAACAAUCUAGCUAACGGGAGCGGAUCAACGAGAUCCAGAAGAUUCAGCAGCCGGAGUAUAGGGUUCAAUCCCGGGAACUCCAGUUUUGGGAGCAUGUACAGAGGAAGAAGCGCACCGCUAACUUGCAAGGUCACGAGCUCGUUGGCUGCAGUCAUGGCUCAAAUGCUUUCCCAUCGGGCAACCCAUGUGUGGGUGAUUGAGGAUGGAAGUGAUGAUGUUCUAGUUGGGGUGGUGGGUUAUUCUGAUAUUUUGGCGGCCGUGACAAAACAACCUGCUUCUAUAGCUGCUGCUAAUCGAUCCUGUGAGGGAUUGGUUAAUGAGAUCCAAAGCUGAUUUGUCUCAUUUAUUAUUGCAUCAUCUGUUUUCUUGGUAAGUACUAAAGCCGUACUUUCAAGUGUACUUUUGAGCCUCCCUGCGACCUUUUGCUGGUUGGGGUUGUAUGAAUAGAUUUUGGGCGUGCCCGAUGUGUGAUUUAUAAGAUUUUUGAUGUGGUGUA